AUGCCAGACGGCUGCAAGAUCAAAGCCCUGCGGGCAAAGACCAACACCUACAUCAAGACUCCAGUGCGGGGUGAGGAGCCAGUCUUCAUGGUGACGGGACGGCGGGAGGACGUGGCCAUGGCCCGGCGGGAGAUCAUCUCUGCUGCUGAGCACUUCUCCAUGAUCAGGGCCUCCCGCAACAAGGCUGGCACCACUUUUGGCAGUGCUCCCACCUUGCCGGGGCAAGUCACCAUCCGGGUGCGUGUGCCCUACCGUGUGGUGGGCUUGGUGGUGGGCCCCAAAGGAGCCACCAUCAAGCGGAUCCAGCAGCAGACCAACACCUACAUUAUCACACCCAGCCGGGACCGGGACCCCGUCUUUGAAAUCACCGGUGCACCGGGCAAUGUUGAGCGUGCCCGGGAGGAGAUUGAGACCCACAUCGCAGUGAGGACGGGCAAGAUCCUGGAGUACAACAAUGAGAAUGACUUCCUCUCCAGCAGCCCUGACUCCGGCAUGGAGAACCGCUACUCGGAGGCCUGGCGGGUCCAUACGCCAGCGCCGGGCUGCAAGCCCCUCUCCACCUUCCGGCAGAACAGCCUGGGGUGCAUCGGCGACUGCUCCGUUGACCCCGUCUACGAGACCCCCCGGCUGAAUGACCAAAACGACUUCAAUUAUGGUUACCUCUUCCCCAACUAUGGCGUGAACAAGCAAGAUCUGUAUUACGGGGUGCCGGAGUCGGGUGCCCCAAUGUGGGCUGGGCAGGAGAACACCAACCCUGUCUCAGUGCUCUUCUCGAAGCAGCAGCGGUCCAGCAGUACUGGCGCCAUCCACCCAAAUUCACAUCGCUCCCCGUCCUCCUCUAUCCAAGAGCCCAAUCUCUCUGGUCUCCCCAGGCGGUCGCAGGGGGAACCGCUCCAAGGGUUCUCCAAGCUGGGGACAACUACUGCUGCCCGGACGUCUGUCUCCAGCAGCCGCGAGUGCAUGGUGUGUUUCGAAAGCGAAGUUACGGCAGCUCUGGUGCCAUGCGGCCACAACCUCUUCUGCAUGGAGUGUGCCGUGAGGAUCUGUGAGAGGACUGAUCCAGAGUGCCCGGUUUGCCACGCUGCAGCCACUCAGGCCAUUAGAAUAUUUUCCUAAAGAGACAGAGCAGGGCAUUGGGGUGGGGGGUGGGGGUAGGAAGGGAGCGUGGGGGGGUCCAGGAAAGAAAAAUGAUGAUGAUAAUAAUAAUAAUAAUAAUGAUAAUAA